GAAACUCUUCCUAUCCACCAGAUUUAUUUUUUUGUUCGUUAAUUCUAUUUUUUCGAAGGCUGUUCUUGAUCUGAGAAUACUUUCUAGAUAAAUUGUGUUGAAAAAGGCAGCUAGAUUUUUGUAUCUUGUUAUGACAAUUCAUGGUCAAGAAAUCUAAGCACGGUGAUCGGCUGUAUAUUGGAGUUUGUAGAUAGCGGUAGAAUAGCUUUUCCAUCCAUUUUCAAGCUUUGAAAUGGCUGCAAUUACUGCCGCUUCAGCUAAGGCUAUGCCUUUGGCAGUCGGGAAUAACUCUCAGUUGAAUAUUUCCCAAAAGAAGAUCGAGGGUGCCAAGAUCUGCCCUGCAUUUGGCAAGAAAAAGGAAUUUUCCCGUUUUAAAUUGAAGGCCUUACCUAAAGUUAUCAACAUGGCUGUUGCAACUGAUGCUUCUCGCUUUGAAGGAGUCACAAUGGCUCCACCUGAUCCAAUUCUAGGUGUUUCAGAAGCCUUUAGGGCUGAUAAUAAUGAUUUAAAGCUUAACCUUGGUGUUGGUGCUUACAGAACAGAGGAAUUGCAACCCUAUGUAUUGAACGUGGUGAAAAAGGCAGAGAAUUUGAUGCUUCAAAGAGGAGAGAAUAAAGAGUAUCUUCCAAUUGAGGGAUUGGCUGCAUUCAAUAAGGUUACUGCAGAGCUGCUUCUGGGGGCUGACAAUGUUGCAAUUAAGCAAGGGAGGGUUGCAACUGUGCAAUCCCUUUCAGGAACAGGCUCUCUUCGGCUUGCUGCUGCAUUUAUUCAAAGAUAUUUUCCUGGAGAGAAAGUCUUAAUCUCAUCUCCAACUUGGGGAAAUCACAAGAAUAUUUUCAAUGAUGCUGGUGUUCCAUGGUCAGAGUACCGAUACUAUGAUCCCAAAACAGUGGGACUAGAUUUUGAAGGGAUGAUUGCUGACAUUAAGGCCGCACCAAAUGGCUCAUUUAUUUUGCUCCAUGGUUGUGCACACAAUCCAACUGGAAUUGAUCCAACUCUUGAGCAGUGGGAGAAGAUUGCUGAUGUCAUUGAGGAGAAAAAACAGACUGCUUUCUUUGAUGUCGCAUACCAGGGAUUUGCAAGUGGAAGCCUUGAUGAGGAUGCAGCAUCUGUUCGGCUAUUUGUAAAUCGUGGAAUGGAAGUUUUUGUUGCUCAGUCCUAUAGCAAGAACUUAGGGCUGUAUGCAGAACGAAUAGGAGCUAUCAAUGUUGUUUGCUCCUCAUCAGAUAGUGCAAUUAGGGUCAAGAGCCAACUUAAAAGACUUGCUAGACCAAUGUACUCAAAUCCUCCUGUUCAUGGGGCUCGGAUUGUGGCAAAUGUUGUGGGUGAUUCUGCUAUGUUUGAUGAAUGGAAAGCAGAAAUGGAACUCAUGGCUGGAAGAAUCAAGGGUGUGAGGCAGCGACUCUAUAACUACCUUUCCACGAAGGAUAAGAGUGGCAAGGACUGGUCUUUUAUCCUCAAACAGAUUGGCAUGUUUUCAUUCACAGGACUUAAUAAAGCUCAGAGUGACAAUAUGACAAACAAGUGGCAUGUCUAUAUGACAAAGGAUGGACGUAUCUCCUUGGCUGGGCUUUCUUUGGCCAAAUGUGAAUAUCUUGCAGAUGCUAUCAUUGAUUCCUACUAUAAUGUGAGUUAAGCAGAACAAGUAAAAGCUAAACGUCAAAUAAUUGGCAGUUGGAAGUUUAGGAAUAGUGGAAGAGCUCCCAAAAUUUUUAUGCUGGAUUGCAUUUGUUAGUAAUGCAUAUCAGGCGUUCCCCUACUGUGUUUCGUGGUUGUACUUAGGGUUUAGAGCAGGAUGUCCAACGCAUUCUGCAAAGUUUUGUUUGGUUUAUUAACGUCUAGUUCAAAAAGUUUCUAAAUAAAAGCUACGACUUAUACUGCCCACUUAUUUGACAGUAGGGGUUACAUUAUAUUUUCAAACGAUUUGCAACUUAAUAAUUCUUUCUCCAAUUAUCAUUCUCUUCUUUGGAGAGAAAAAGGUAAUAGUUUUAAGGAAAUUUCUUUCUUAUGAUAGUUAAUUUGGUACAUUACAUGGGUACUAUUUCUGAACAAAUACUGCUAAGAGACAUUUGAGCAUGUCACAAGUUUCCAUUAUAUAUAACUUGAUGAAGAAAUUAAUUGUUUUGUGAAGCUUA